AUGAAGUCUGUAACGUGGUAACCUACGUUCAGGUAUUCGGUCUUUAUUUCACUAUGACAGUCUCAUCCUUUAACAAGCUCUGAAGUUCGUCCGUGUGUGCUGCAUGACGUGUUGCAGUUAAGAGAGUUGAUGCCUUUUGGCAAUCCUUCAAGAUGGGGAAACUGUUGUCAAAGAUGUUUGGCAACAAGGAAAUGAGAAUAGUGAUGCUGGGGCUUGAUGCUGCAGGAAAAACCACUGUUCUAAACAAAAUGAAGUUUCGUCAUCACAUGAAUGAGAUACCAACAGUAGGAUAUAAUGUAGAAACCAUCAAAUACAAAAAUGUCAAAUUUAAUGUUUGGGAUGUAGGUGGUCAAGAGAAAUUACGACCUCUAUGGCGUCACUACUAUAUUGGUUCACUGGCUCUCAUAUUUGUAGUCGACUGUUCUGAUCGGGAUAGAAUUGACGAAGCCAAAGAGGAACUGCAUAAAAUUAUUAAUGACCAAGAGAUGAGGAAUGUUGUAAUUUUAAUAUUCGCAAACAAGCAGGAUCUUCGAGAUGUAAUGAAGCCAAAUGAAAUUCAAGAGAAGCUGGGUCUUUCUCAACUGCGAGACCGGAACUGGUAUGUGCAACCCGUGUGUGCCGUGACUGGUGAUGGACUUUUCGAAGGCCUCACUUGGCUGAGUUCAAAUUCCAAGUCUUGAUCUUAUUCAUUCUCUAGAUGGCAUUUUAUAACAUUUCUAUAUUUGAGACAGGACAUGUCUGUUGCCAAACACAUGGUACAGCAGGAAGCAAACAUUGUGUAUAAGCAGUAUAAAAAAAAAAUGGGUAAGGACAAAAUUAGCUUAAUGUUCACACAACUUAUUGUGUGUCAUGGUGAAAUAAGACACAAACAAACUGGGUUUUUUUCUUUCUAAGCUGUUUUUCUUUUGUGGAGUCGUAUUUAUUUCACAUCUUUCUGUGGCAGUAUUAACACAGGUGCUUGCUUCUAUUUAAUGAGACUUGUUAAGUACCCCUGAGUGUUUUCACAGUGUAGAUGGGUUGUUAAUAUUGUGUUACAUGUAUAUAGAACAGUUGUGGAAGAAAUGAAAACUGAUGUCUUUCAUGAACUGACAUGUUGUUGGGGUUUUCAGGGCGUAUAUAUAUAUAUAUAUAUAUAUAUAUAUAUAUAUAUAUAUAUAUAUAUAUAUAUAUAUAUAUAUAUAUAUAUAUUAUAUCUGCUAGUUAGAUUGAUCCAUAUGCAAUCAAGUCAUAACUAGACUGUUGCGUAUUUGUAUUAUAUACAGUGUUAUUUUUAGAACAUGAAAGUCAUCUGGUGUGUUAUAGGUAUUGGUAUGGUAUGGCUAGGUGUUUAUAUUUAUUAAAUAAAACUAAUGUGCUUGUGUCUUUAUCAUAUAUUCUUUUGAUAGACACAAAAUGGGAUGUCAGAUAAUAUAGCCCCCAGUGUAUUCUAAGUUUGAUGGUCUUCUCCACCCCUCGAAUUUGGUGCCAUGGGCUAAAGGUUAUUUCACCUAGUGGUAAAACCAGGUAUGCAAGCACUAUUGAUGCAUUGGGCUCAUUGAAAAGUAGUCCGAUACUAUCUUCUGUCAGAUUUAAUUCAAAUUAAAUUCGAUGGUAGAUUUAUCACUCAUUGAAAUGUUUUAACUGCCUGUAUAAAGUUACCUCCAAGAACUUUGUUGGUUACAAAUCAUACAGGAAUAUACCUCACUUUAUAAGAAGUGUUCUAGAAUGUGGUAACCUGAUGCCAAAAGCCAGUGUUUUUUAUAGACUUAGGCCACUAAAUAAUUACUUUACGUAAGCCUGAAAAAACCCACGAAAAAAACAAACAAAUUACCUUUCCAAACAUUAAAAAAUUACAUAUUGGUAUAUAUUCUACUAAUGUUUGUAAUAGCACUAACUGGAUUUUCAUCCCAAUAAUUUUGUACAUACUAAAAAUAUAAAUAUAUUUUACAAAGUAAAAUCCAUUUUGAGUCACUACAAGCAUUAGGACAACAAAAAUGUGUUGGAUAUAUAAACAUUGAUAUUUCAAGCAGGGAAAAGUAAUUGUCUUGUAAUUUCAAUCAUAAACGCUCUGUGGUAGCCAGAGACUGAUUAUAUGGUGUUUUUGAAAACCAGGACAGAUCCUAUAAGAAAGUGAGAAACUACUGAGGGUUGCUUGUCUUGUUUGUUAGGUUUUCUUACACAUCUAUUGAAGAGAACACCAUCUGUGUAUCAAUUUAAGGGAAUUCAAUUGGCUGCUCCAUGGUGAUGAUCUGGAUACUAAAGUCAUAUCAACCAAUGAAAUUAGCACAACCAAAAUUGAUUGCUCUUUGACUAUAAGUUAACCGUACACAGGUUGCUCUGUGAUGCACACGUUAACUGCAAGCAAAAGAGUAGUGGACCGUUCAAAACUUUUAAUCUUCUUGUUUUGUGUUUUGUUAUUUUUGCUUUUUUUCGGAGAGUGCCUUUGUUUUUUAAUUUAAUUUUUGUACAUUGUAUAUUGCCAACAAAUAUUUUCAAAUUGUUUUAUUGAUUAUACUGAAAUGUAAGCAAUGAAAUAAAG